AUGCCUCGGCUCGUGAUAGGUACUGUGGUCUGUGCGGUGGUGUUUUGGCAGUUUACCUGGACGUUAAACACCAACCUUCUAUUCCAGCUGCUGAAGGCGUUGCGCAGCCCCUGGGAUGCCUCAGAGCGCUCGAUGAGCUUCUUCGACCUCCGUCUCACGGAUCCCGCCCCUGCCGACUAUGUAGUCCCCUUGUUUCCCUCCCUCUACUGGCCCUUCCCGGUCGGAGGCGACCAGGCAAACUACCUCUACUGCGCCUCCGACAUCUGGCGCUUCACCCUAAUCUGGACUCUCAUCUUUUUCGGGGCCGUCCACCUCGCAACGAGCGGCUACGCCGUCGCCGUCCAGUGGAGGAGCUGGAAGAUAAUAUGGAUCGUGCCGAUCGUCUAUGCUGUUGUGGGGGGAAUUGUGGCGGUGAUUGCUGGGAGCGUUGUUGGAGGGCUGCUGGGCGGCGUGUAUAAUGCCGGCUACUUGAGGAUGUCGACGUGGAUACCGUUCGUCUGGGCCUUCAUCUGCACACUGGUCCUCAUCCUGUCUUCCUUCGCUAUCCAAGGCGGGUUAUGA